AUGGCCAACGUUCAACUGAAGUUCUCUCUCCGUACCUCCUCCAACGUCAAGACCGUCCACUUGGUCGGCUCCUGGGACAACUAUGCCCGUCAGCUGCCUCUCUCUGGCUCUGACAAGCCCGGUUCCUGGGUCGGCAAGUUCCGCUUCCAAACCUCCAUGCUGCAGCUUGGUCAACGCUACUGGUACUACUACAUCAUGGAUGGGUACCACGUCUCCCACGACCCAGCCGUCGAGUACACCGUCGAGCCCACCACCGGCCGCAAGCUGAACAUCCUCGAUGUUCCCUCCGGAAAGCCCACCUCCAGCCGCAGCGCUCCCAGCGCUCGCCGCACCUCGACCCAAGUUGCCCAGGGCCGCUCUCUCUCGCCCUCGCGCAUCCAGCACCCCAAGCCAUCCAAGCCCUACGCCUCGCGCUCCCUGCGUGAAGCCGAGUUCGGCGCCCCAACCGUUGACGACCUCGCCCGCCGCUUUGCUGACUCCCGCCUGUCUGAUGAGUCUUACUCCUCCAGCCCCCCAAGCUCUGCUGGCUCUUCCCUGUCGUCCCGCUCCUCCGGCUCUAGCUCUCCCUCUUCUCUGUCCUCCAUGAGCGACUCCUCUAACUGCUCCUGUGAGCGCUACGGUAUCACCCGCAAGGGUGACCGUGUCAAGCUCGACUGCGGUGGUGAUCGCUGUGGCUACUACGGAGAGUCCUCCGAUGACAGCUGCUCCGAGAGCGAGGAUGAGGAUGAGGUCUACCGCCGUGCCCGCAGCGCUGCCCGCCGCCAGGGUAUCGUUGUCCGCCGCUAA